AUGACGCCGCGCGCGUCCACGGCGUCGCGAUCGCGCGUGAUCGCGCGCGGUGGACGACGACGACGGGACGCCCGUCGGAAUCGUCGCGUCGACGACGCGAGCGGGACGACGACGGCGUCGGACGCGGACGCGAAGGAGGACGCGCGAGCGCUGGAUGACGUCGAGGCGGCGGUGUUCGACGGCGUCGCGCGCGGACCGCCGGCCAAGGUGGAGACGAGAGAACUGCGAGAGAUGGAGGCGCGAAGCGCGAAGACGGCGCCGGGGGCGAACGCGAGGCGAGAGGCGGCGUUUCGGGAGAUGAUUUCGAGAAACGCGGCGCGGGAAGAUAACGCGUCGGCGCUGGCGCGAGCGACGAGCGUGGACGCGCUGUUGGUGUUCGGAUGCGAUGGUGUGCUGCCGGAGAUCGUGAAUGGACGGGUGGCGAUGAUUGGGGUGGUGACUGGGAUCGCGAGCGAGGUGAUCACGGGGAAAGGGUUCGCGCAGCAGUUGGCGUGGAACCUGACGCACGGCGUGAGCGAGGUCAUCAUCGCCGGGGUCAUCGUAGCGAGUUGUUUGCCGGCGUUUAAGGUUGAAGCGGAUGGGGAGACGGUUUUCGGUACCGGGGCGUGUAAGUGGAAGCGCGACGGCACGGCGCGGGCGGAGCGUGGGUACCUGGUGGAUCCCUUAAACUUGGACCCGAGAACGCUUCCGGGCAAGGACACCGUGCUCGGACGCGUCGGGUUCGUGCCGUUCGUGGAGAUGCUCAACGCGAGAUUGGCCAUGCUCACCAUCAUUGCGCUCUUCGUGGGCGAGCCGUUGGUCGGGCAUCCUUUCUUCACCGCGCCUUAG